GUUAAACUUGAACUAGAAGUAACAUUCAAAAUGUUGACUGUCUUACUAACGUGCGUGAUAAUUGUGCUGGUCGCCACAUAUGUAAAAGGAAAAUAUAAUGAGCACUACUGGAAGAAACGCGGAGUCGCCUUCUAUGACAAACACAAGUCUGGCGGACCUCUGUGGCAAUUUGCCAUAGAAAACAAAUCAUUCUUCAAAAUUUUAAAAGAAAUCUACUGGCAAUAUGAAAAGGAACCCGCUGUCGGGCUCGGAUCGUUCCAUGAUAUGGGACUCUAUGUGAAAGACCCGACAAACAUCCAACACGUCACUCAAAAAGACUUCCAUUCCUUCAACCACAGAGGGACUCCUAUCAUCAAACAGGACCUCCUAGCUCAAAAUGUUCUGCUGUUGCACGGACCAAAAUGGAAGCUCAUGCGGCAGAAGUUGACUCCAGUCUUCACUUCAAACAAAUUGAGGAACAUGUUCUACAUUAUUGACAAGAGUGCACAAGAUUUUGUGGAAUACUUAAAGCUGAACCCAGAUAAACUGAACGCAGAUGCCUUCGAGACUAUGAGCCACUUCUGCUCUGCUGCUAUCGCCGCCGCUGUAUUUGGAAUUGGAACAAAAUCAACCUUCGAUUCUCCAUUCCGCAAAAUGGCGAAAGACGCACUAUCAACCAAUUUCUGGACGAAUUUGAGGUUUGCGAUCGGCGCAGUAAGUAAUUCUGUCUUUGAAACUUUACGACUAAAGUUCUUCCAUGCACAGGAACCUUUUCUCAUUGGAACCAUUAAACACGUACUCAGAGAACGUGAAAAAGACACUGCACCCAGACACGACUUCAUAGAAAUGUGUAUAAACCUUCAAAAAAGUGGAGUCAUGGAAGAUGGUGAGACUGGAUUCAAAUUGGAACCAACAGACGAAUUACUGGCAGCACAAGCUUUCUUCUUUUUCCUCGCCGGUAUCGAUCCUACAGCUGCGGGUAUGUUCGGAGCUUUGAUGGAGUUGGGAAGGAACCCUGAGAUUUUGAAACGAGUUCACGAAGACGUCGAUGCAGUUUUCGAAAAAUACGAAGGCAAACUGACCUAUGACGCAGUGACUGAAAUGAAGUAUUUGGACAACGUUUUGAACGAGAGCCUCCGUCUGCACCCGCCGAUAGGAUUCCUGACGAGGCAGUGUGUGCAAGACUCUGUUUUACCUGUAGGAAAUGUGCCUGUUGAGAAAGGUGUGAAAAUAUUUACACCAAUUUUUGAACUACAUCACGACCCCAAAUAUUUCCCUGAGCCAGAAAAGUUUGAUCCUGAUCGGUUUGAAAGGCAGGGAGAGGUUAGUGACAUGACUUAUAUGCCGUUUGGUAAAGGCGGUAGAUUUUGUAUCGGCGCCAGGUACGCAAGAAUUCAACUGCUGACUGGGAUAGUGCAUUUGCUAAGGCAUUAUUCUGUUCAGACGCAUGUUUACAAAGGAGGUAUCCAGUACAAUAAGGAACAAGUCCAAGUGAGGUUGACAAACGUGAAUGUUGAAUUUAUUCCUAGGAAGCCAUGAUAGUUGCAGGCGACGGUAGUCGCUUAAGAAGGAUGGUCAGUGAAAUUUUACUCAUCGUAAGAAGUGGCGUGCAUGUGGUGAAACAUCGUGACAUAGAAAUAAUUACAUUUGUAAAACAAUAAUAACUGUUAGGAUGUAAAAAAAAUGCUUGUGUAGAUUAGUUCUAUACCACUUUGUAGUGACGUAAAUUACUAGUAAUCACUGUCAAACAAGAUUGAAAACUUAUGAUACUAGUGUUAGAAAAAAAUAUAAUUACUGUAUUUCAGUACCUACAUAGUUUUUGUUUCCUAAGAAUAUCUAAAUAUAGAUCUAACAUUUUGUCUGAUAUAUGUUCAUCGCGUGUCUAGCUCAGUUACAAUACAAAAACUGAAAAUAA